AUGGACGAAAAAUACAGUAACAAUGUCCUUUCUGGGGGGCAACUGGGGAUGGUUGAGGUCCCCAAUUCCAGGUUAACCAGGUACUUAGUGUUACUGGUCAUCUCGAAGAUCUUGAAGGCCUUGGGGAUAUUUGAAUCAUAUGACAUAUUGAAGGUUGUUCACAUUGUUCAGUUUAUCUUCAUACUAAAGUUAGGGUCUGCUGUUAUUUUACUUCUCUUUCAAAAACCUUUUUCUUCUGGAAAAGUCAUCUCAAAAAGACAGUGGAUAAAGUUACUAAAGCACAGUAUUUUCAGCUGCAUCAUAUCCCUACUGGGAUUUUUUGGUCUCACUCUCUGUGGACCACUGAGGACAUUACUACUUUUUGAGCACAGUGACGUGGUUGUGAUUGCCCUCCUUGGGGUUCUCUUCACCAGCUCAGGAGGUGGACCAUCCAAGACCAGAGGUGCUGCUUGGUUCAUCAUUGCUGUGAUCUGCCUACUCCUCUUUGACAAUGAUGAUCUCAUGGCGAAAAUGGCAGAGCAUCCUGAAGGACAUCAUGACAGUGCACUAACGCACUUCCUCUACACCACCAUUGCAUUUUUAGGAGUUGCCGAUCACAAAGGUGGUGUUGUACUACUUGUGGUCUCGCUGUGCCUAAAGGUGGGCUUCCAUACAGCCGCAAGGAAACUCUCAGUAGAACUCGGAGGAGCCAAGCGUCUGUAUGCCCUGGACAACCUUGUGUCUGCUGUAGUAUUACUGCCUUGGGUCAUAGUGUUGUCAUUUACUACAGAAAGUAAGGUGGAGUCAUGGUCUGCUCUCAUCCUUCCUUUUGCCAUGAUCAUCUUCUCUUUGAUGAUCCUCGAGUUUUACGUGGAGGCCAUCUGCAAUGUGAAGAUGGAGGUGCAGCGUUGCGCCCGCUACGGCUCUUUCGCUCUUUUCUCCAGCGCUCUGCUGCUCGCCAACUUUUGGACUCACCCGCUGACUGACCAGUUACGCUCUAUGAGCAAACCACUACAGGGGAGCAGCACGGAACAUGUGCUAUCUGGAGGAGUUCUCGUUAGUGCCCUUUUCUUUAUUAUGUCAUCCAGUAUUCUCUCAUCCCCAUCAAAGAAAGGCCAAAAGGGCACUUUGGUUGGUUACUCACCUGAAGGGACUCCUUUGUACAACUUCAUGGGUGACGCUCUACAACACACGUCACAGUCACUGCCGCGGUUUAUUAAGGAUUCCCUGAAACAAAUUCUGGAGGAGUACGACUCCAGACAGAUCUUCUAUUUCCUGUGUCUCAACCUGGCCUUCACCUUUGUUGAGUUGUUUUAUGGUGUUUGGACUAACAGCCUGGGACUGAUCUCGGAUGGGUUCCACAUGUUGUUUGACUGCUCAGCUUUGGUCCUCGGGCUGUUUGCCGCUCUGAUGACUCGCUGGAAAGCGACCAGGAUCUUCUCUUAUGGUUAUGGUCGUGUUGAAAUCCUUUCUGGGUUCAUCAAUGGACUGUUCCUGAUGGUCAUCGCUUUCUUUGUUUUCAUGGAGUCUGUUACCCGUUUAGUGGACCCUCCCAACAUAAACACAGACAUGUUGACUCCGGUGUCUGUUGGCGGCUUAUUGGUCAACUUGGUGGGAAUCUGCGCUUUCAGCCACGCCCAUUCCCACGGAGGCAAAAAUUGCUCGGGGCACGAUCACGGCCAUUCGCACCACGGCCACUCCCACGCCGACCACAGUCACGGCGGGCACGGCCACUCUCACGGCGGUCCCGGGCACGGAGGACACGGACACAGCGGGCACGGGCAUUCCCACAGCUCAGGUGGCGGAGGCAUGAAUGCCAAUAUGAGAGGUGUUUUCCUUCACGUCCUGGCUGAUACUUUGGGCAGCGUCGGGGUGAUCAUUUCCACCAUCCUCAUCCGCCAGUUUGGCUGGUUAAUCGCCGACCCCAUUUGUUCCCUCUUCAUCGCCACACUCAUCUUCCUCAGUGUCAUCCCUCUGCUCAAGGAUGCUUGCGAGGUUCUUCUUUUGAGAAUUCCGCCAGAGCAUGAAAAAGAACUGACUAAUGCACUGCAUAAGAUUGAGAAGAUUGAAGGAGUGUUGUCAUUCAGAGAUCCUCAUUUCUGGAGACAUUCAGCCAGCGUGAUUGCAGGGACCAUCCACCUACAGGUCAUGUCAGACGUGGUAGAGCAGCGCAUUGUGCAGCAGGUGACAGCCAUUUUGAAAGAUGCCGGCGUGAAUAACCUGUCAGUGCAGGUGGAGAAGGACGCGUACUUCCAGCAUAUGUCCGGACUCAGUACCGGAUUUCAGGAUAUUUUAAUCAUGACGCAACAGAUGGAGUCCUUAAAACAUAUGGAUGAUGGGACAUGCAUUAUGUAA